CUGUUAAGUCUGACUUUGAAGAAAGACAAAAGAGAUAUUAGUUGGAGCACAUUUUUGACCACAUAGACAGGAUAACCCAUUUCCAUUCUUCUGCAAAACUGACAACUUAACCAUCUAUCCAUCUUCUAAUUAAUCCUGAGAAAUGGCUGCCAAACUGAUUGUUGUUUCUUCUUCUACUCUUUCAACAAAGCUUUUCUCUCCGUCUCUCCCAACCAAGCUUUUCUCUCAUUCUUAUCCACCUUGCUCAGCGAGAAGAAGGCCAAGCCACUUCAGAGUUUCUGCAAAUCUUGGGGGAGGAGGAGAAGCUGGAGGUGAAGUCAAGAAAGGAGGUAAAAAGAAAUUCAUCACCAAAGAAGAGGAGCCAGAGCAGUAUUGGCAAACAGCAGGAGAACGGGAAGGAGAGAAUCCCAUGAAGACGCCGCUUCCCUAUAUAAUCAUAUUUGGGAUGUCAACACCAUUUGUGAUCUUGGCCAUUGCUUUUGCCAAUGGCUGGAUUAAGGUUCCGGUCAGGUGAUACUACGGUUACGAGAAAGGCACGCGCCGCCGCGGCGGCGGUCGUAAUCCUUAUGCUUCCCAAUAUUGACAAAUUCUUUAUCUUUGCACUUACGAUCUUCACCGAAUAAAUCAAAGAAUGUUAUUGAAAUUGCUUUGUAGCAAUUUCUAAUUUUCUAAAA